GUUCGCAGCUCUCAGACCACACGAACAUCCCUUGCAUACAACAUGAAGGGUCUCGGGCUUAUUCUGUGCUGUGCCCUGGCGGUGGUGUCAGCCAAUGACAAGGGAAAUAAACAGGGAGACAAGAGAUUCCUUCAAGGAGGAUUUGGCGGAGGUUUACAUGGCGGAGUUUCCGGAGGCUUUCCUGGUGGUUUCCCCGGAGUGAACCCUGGCGGUUUCCCUGGAGGGCGACCUGGCGGUUUCCCUGGCGGCUUCCCCGGAGGGCAACCUGGUGGUUUCCCUGGCGGCUUCCCCGGAGGGCAACCUGGCGGUUUCCCUGGCGGUUUCCCCGGAGGGCAACCUGGCGGUUUCCCCGGAGGGUUCCCUGGCGGUUUCCCUAGCGCCACAGCCCCACCCGCCACCUGUAGGCGCUGGUGCCGAACUCCAGAACAGCAAACUUACUGCUGUGAAACGGCAUUUGAACCUGAGGCGCCCGUGGGCACCAAGGCACUUAACUGCCCACAAGUCCGUCCCAGCUGUCCACCGGUACGUUUCGGUGGACAAGCACCAGUAACCUGCUCCAGCGACUACAAGUGCGGCGGUGUUGACAAGUGCUGCUUCGACAGGUGUUUGGGAGAACACGUGUGCAAGCCGCCUUCCUUCUAUAACCAAUUCGGUUGAAAAGGAAAAUUCAACAUACAUAUUGAUUCAUGUAGUGCCCAUGAUUAAUAAAUGUUUUUUUUUCUAAAA